AUGUACAGUGAAAAUAUAAAAGGAUACACAAUUACCACAAAAUAUGAAUUAUACGAGCCACAGAGGCAAUCAAUAAGAACAAUCCUUAACUGCCUUGAAGAGGGCGUGUCCGGUAUGAUCGAAAGUCCGACCGGGACAGGAAAGACUUUAAGCAUUUUAGAAUCGGUCGUAGCAUGGAUUAACAAGAACAAGCAAAAUAAAGAAGUAAAAGUGUACGUCACCACAAGAACCAUAAAACAAGCCCAGCAAUUAAUCGAGUACUUCAAGACCAUAAGGCAUGCACCUAAAAUGAGUCUACUAGCAUCACGAGCCCAUUUAUGCUUGAACCCAGAAGUGCGUACAGCAGGGAACUUAGACAGUGCCUGUAAGAAUAAGAAUAAAGAUAUAAAUUCCAAGAAUAAGUGCAAGUAUUACAGUAUAGAUAAAGAAUCACGGACAUCAUCCAUGGAGAACUCCCUGCCGACCGUGUUCUCAAUUGAAGAUUUAAUACAAUCAGGGUCUGAGUGCAGUACGUGUCCGUAUUAUUACACUAAGGACAUGCAGGAUAAGUCUACGAUCGUAUUUGCACCGUAUAAUUACAUUAUAAACAAGAGCAUAGUAAAAGCCAUGGGCAUAGACUUAAACGGCAGUAUAAUAAUAGUGGAUGAAGCACAUAAUUUAGAUGACAUAUGCAGAUCAAGUGGUUCUGUGGACAUAGAGCGUAUUAUACUGGACGGGAUACUUACUAAAUUAACCACAGAGACAGUUAAUGCGUCCAUUGAAGUACCAGAAGUAUUCACGUGUAUUAGUAUAAUUAAAGGGAUAAGGGAGUAUUUUGAUGGGGUACCUGACUUAUUAAGUGAAGUACCACAGGACAUGAAGAUUUACGAUGUAAAUGGGAAGCAAGAACUUUCCAUUCCACAGAAGUGUAUUUUAUCAGAGUUAAGUAAGCUAGGGAUUACACCGGAGAGUGUAGAUAAAGUAUUCUCAGAUAUAAAUGGACUAAUUAGGAAUUCUGUGUUAGAUGAGUUCAUGGAGAGGUGGUUAGUCCAGCUAGAGACUGUCUUUAAGUUAAUUUUAUCUGAUGGUAAGCAGAGGGAUUAUGGCAUGGUUAUAUCUGAGGAUAAAGUAUCCUUUAUACUACUACGGGCAGCUGUCCAAUUUGAUCCUAUUUAUAAGAUGGCUCGGUCGGUGAUACUUUUAUCAGGGACUCUUCAACCGUUCCCUGAGUUAGUUAAUGAGUUAACGUAUAAUUCAGGUUCAUUUAAGUAUUUCUUAUCUGCUGGUCAUGUUAUAUCUGAUAGUCAGUUAUAUACACGCACUGUAGGGCAGUAUAAUGGGCAUACGCUUACGGGUACGUAUAAGGAGACCAAGAACCCUGUUUAUUUCCAGACUAUUUCCAGGGUGAUCACUGAUAUAGCGCACUCAUUAGAGCGUGUAGGGGGUGUCUUAUGCUUUGUACCUAAUUAUAACACGAUUACACUGUUAAAAUCAAAAUUAGAGAAGCAGUUAUUACUAUAUACGGAAAGUACGGAUAACGGCAUUUUUGAGGAUAAUUUACGGAAGUACCGGAGCAAGUGCUUAAACGGGAAGUGUGUAUUUUUAUGUGUAUUCCGUGGCAAGGCCAGUGAGGGGAUUAAUUUCAAGGACCAUGAGUCCCGUGCUGUUGUAUUAGUGGGUAUCCCGUAUCCUAAUAUACGGAACCACGGUAUUAUCCUUAAGAAGCAGUAUAACAAUCAGUAUAUGAACGGGUCUGGGAGCAAGUGGUACGACCAACAAGCGUUUAGGGCUGUAAAUCAAGCCUUAGGCCGGUGCAUUAGGCACAAGAACGACUGGGGUUCUAUUUUUAUGAUUGACUCACGGUACGGUUCAGCCGUUAAAUCUUCGAAAAUUUCUGAGUGGGCUGUUUCUAACUUUAAUAAUCUGAUCGGCCCGGGGAUGCUUCAGGAGGAGUACCUCCCAUUUAUUAAGCAGCAAAAGAGAACUGAGUAUGAAGAGAAUUACUCUAAAAAUUCAAAAGCAGAACCUGAAAAUAUUUCCAAAAAAAGAAAUUUCCCAGGAAAUGAUUUAAAACGGUUUUUUAACAGAUAAAUUAAACAAAAAUAACCUGA